UGCUCAUUAGAGAGGGAUUUUGUUCGAGUGCUAUGUCGUGUGGAAAGAGGGACCAGUUAACACACUGAAAUGGGGCCGUAAUCUGGCGACAGCUAGUUCUGUGUGCGUAUCAGUGACUGAAGGGCCUCCUGUCUACGACUGUUGACGAUCCCAACGCUCCGCCCAGCUGUGUCAAAACGUAGGAAUGCAAAUACUUUCCAUGGACAUUUAGCCACGCUCCCAUUGGCCGAACUGCUAAUUGCUAUGCUGUGAUUGGUUGAGCUGCUAAUUGUGUUGGACACAUAACUACUGUAUGUCGGAUUCGAGGCGCACUUGUUGUGAAGCUGUCUUAGUUCGUGACAACAAAUUCGUUACUUUGAAGAGUGCGAACCUAACCGUAUAAUCUGUCAAUUUAUCUUAAGAACAUGGCGACUGCAGCUUGGUUGGUUGGAUUCCUCGGUAUCGCUGUUUUGAUCACUGUCACGUCGGCCCAAAAUGCGACGGAGUCAACCCAGGGUCCGUCAGAUGACGCGAACACCACCGCUACGGCAGACACGGCAGGAGACUUCCAGUGUUACGUGUGUGACGGUGCAGCGGUGGGGUCAUCCUCAGGCUGUGGGCGUACCGUCAACUCUUCUGUACAGACCACAGGAUGCUCAGGACACUGUAUGACCCGCCGCAUGGGAGCCGUUGGGGCGCAUGUGUGGAAGCGGUCCUGUGAGGAAGAGUGUGAGGAGACCUGUCUGCAAGCGCCCUCUGCCGAGACUUGCACGUACUGCUGCCAGGAAGAGCUGUGUAAUGGAGAAUUAAACACUGCAAGCACUUCCGGGCCUGGGACCUGGAUACGCCUUUUGUUUGCAGCUCACAUAGUUUUGUUGGUUGGCAUAUAAUCUGUCUUAUGACAUUUUAUACAAAGCCACGAUGUUUUUGUCUUGUAGUGUUUAAAAAUGUCAUUCUCUACGUUUGAAAACGUUCCUGUGUUCAUUUUCAUUUUAUUGUACCUUUUCUGUCAUAUAAUUUUAUUGUAGAUUUUGUCAUUUCAAUUUUUAAAAGAGCUACAGAAUCAAUCUAUUGUUAUAGUUUUUAGCUUUACAAAUAUCUAAUGCUGUUAAGUUUGUUAAAGUAAAUAUGUUAACAGUCAAAGACUACAGUUAGAACACAAUCAUUUGUUCUUGAUAUAUUUAUGAUGAUUUAAUAUCCAUCCAUCCAUCCUGGUAGACUGAGGAUUAAAAAUGAUAUAGUAAGCAAUAUCACUGUUUGUGACAAAUGUAACGAGAAAGACGGAUAAAGUUAUUUGUUGAUAUCUUGAAGACAGGGGUGGAUAAAGGAAUGCACAGGAAAGUCUUUUGUGCUUGUACUUUUGUGUUGGUUUCACUGAAUGUCACCAACCAUUAAAAAAAAUUAUGAAUCUAUGGAACCGUAGAAAGACUAAUAGAAACAACGUAUUCGACAUUAGAAAUGUUUCUAACAUGUUGAAAUAUGGUUAAAAUAUCUAGCCAUCAUUUUAGGCAUGCAGGUAGCUUAGGCAAAGAUGUUCAUAAUAAUAUACAUGGUAUGCAAAUGAGUACUUAAUUUGCA